UUCGCAAAGAGAAAAUUCGUAUUUUACAUCUCAGAAAGGUUCUGGUGGCAACAAAGUGAUUGACAGAGUUUUUGCUCCCGCUUUUAAUUCCUUUUUAUCGUAGUUUUAAGGUAGAUCUUCAGAUAACCCAGUGGAUUGGGCAAAAACCCACCCAGCUGAGGGAGUAAAAGUACAAAGAGUCUGUGGCCCUUUUGGGGGCCAACGCGAAAAAUGUGAUAUUUCCUCCCCCAAAUUCGUUUUUUCCGAACCUUUUUUUUAUUUAGUUGCUUUCUCUCAUAAAUUAUUACCUCAACCCCACCUCCAGGUAUAGUUGGUAGUUUCCGGAGGGGUGUGGGGUGUGUGUUGCCACCGGGGAUGGGGGAUUUCAAUCAGAACGUCCCAAAGGGGGGACCAUCCGGAGAGCAGGUUUACGUAAAUUUCGAUCAAUUCAUAGCACAGAACAACUUCCGGCAGUUUCAGCAAUUCCCACCAGUUAAUUACUACAGUGGGGCACCACAGUACUAUCCCUCCCAGGGCUUUCAAGUGCCCCCACCAAAUGCUCAACUCUUCAAUCCUGUAUACCAGCAGCCCUUUGUGCCUUUCCAAUCUGGGGGUAAUUUCAUUGCUGAGAAUUCCUCCCUGACGCCCACGGCAAAUGAAUUUGUACCGCGAUUCGCGAGGGAAUCUCCAGAACCACCACCACCAUCGGAAGAACGUCCAAAGCGACAGGAAGCCCCAAAGGUAGAGGCAGCUCGUGGGGUGAAGGAGAGGGAAUCUCGCUCUGAAGAAAAUGCCAGACGUACCAAUGAGGCGGACGUUAUGCUGUCUGAGCUCAACAUCAAUGGCAAUCAGAGCCAUACUGGAGCUAUUCGGAAGCAAUGGCGUGAACAGCCACGUCGGGAGUUUCGUCGUGGUGCCCACAUGGAAGCUCAGGGAAGACCGCGUGGUCGUCAAUUUAAUCAGCAGCAUUUUGAGCGUUCUGAACAGGAAUCCUACGGGAGACGGGGACCACCAGCAGCAGGACGUGGACGAUUCUCAGGUGGAGGUGAUAAGCGUCAAAAGUGGCCUCGAGGGCGUCAGGAUAAGGAGAACGGACAUACGAGUCACGUCACAGGAGGGAAUUUAGAUGAACAUCACGAAGAUGUCCGGAAGCGUAGAAAUCAUCCGGAUUUCAAGCCGAAUCGCAACUUGAAAGCUCCACCGGUAGUAGAGGAGGAACCCUGUUCGCAGAGAGAAAAGCUGGAGCGUGAGAUUGACACAGGGGGACUCGAGUGCUUGGUGUGCUGUGAGAAGAUUAAACCCUUCCAGUCAGUGUGGAGCUGCAGCAAUUGCUACCACAUUCUCCAUCUCAAUUGCACGGGGAAAUGGGCUGCGAGUUCCAAGAGCGAGACUGGAUGGCGUUGCCCAGCAUGCCAGAAUAUCACGACUUCCGUGCCGAGGGAUUACUAUUGCUUCUGUGGGAAGCAGAAGAAUCCACAGUACAAUAGGAAUGACGUGGCGCACAGUUGUGGUGAAGUUUGCGGUCGAGCUGACAUUUGUCCCCAUCCGUGUACGCUUCUCUGUCAUCCGGGACCCUGUCCACCGUGUCAGGCAUCCGUGGAGCGUAGCUGUGGCUGUGGCAAGGAAACCCGAACGCUGCAGUGUCAUCAAGUUGUCAAGAUUCUCUGUGGGGCUGUGUGUGAGAAAACACUGACGUGUGGGGUGCACAAAUGCAAGGAAAUCUGUCAUGCAGACGCGUGUCCGGAGUGUGAGGAGACACGAGAGCAUGAAUGCUACUGCGGGAAGCACCGGAAGAACGUUAUCUGUUCCCGGGAGAACAAUGAUGUGACCCAGUAUGAAUGUGGUGAAAUCUGCGGGAGAGAUCUCACGUGUGGCAAUCAUAAAUGCCAAGAUCCCUGCCAUGCUGGUGAAUGUGCAGAAUGCAAACUCUCCCCGAAUGUCGUGAAGACGUGCCCGUGUGGGAAGAAGCCGAUGAUUGAGCGAAAAACCUGCACGGACUUCAUUCCGUUGUGUGGACAGAUCUGCUCGAAGCGUCUCAAGUGUGGCACACCGGGGAAUCCGCAUUUGUGUGCGGCUAAAUGCCAUCAGGGUGCGUGCCCGCAAUGCCCCAAAUCCACGGCUACCAAAUGCCGAUGUGGGCAUAUGGAGGAGAUGAUUAAGUGCCGGAAGUUGACAACACGUGCCGAUGAUGCACGGUGUAGGCGCCGGUGCACGAAGAAGCGUAACUGCGGGAAGCACAAAUGCAAUCAGGAGUGUUGCAUUGAUAUUGAUCAUGUUUGUCCGCAACCCUGCACGUAUACACUCAGCUGUGGGAAGCACAAGUGCGAUAAAACCUGUCAUCCGGGGCACUGUGAUCCGUGCUAUAGGAGCUCCUUCCAGGAGCUUUCGUGCGAAUGUGGUGCAACAACAAUCUAUCCACCAGUGCCGUGUGGAACGAAGAAACCCGUUUGCGAUAAACCCUGCUCUCGGCAGCAUCCAUGCAGUCACGAAGUACUCCACAAUUGCCACUCAGCUCAGCAGUGUCCACCGUGUAUGCUUUUGACCACAAAAUUCUGCCAUGGGCGUCAUGAGCAGCGCAAAACAAUCCCCUGCAGUCAGGAAUCCUUCAGCUGUGGUCUGCCGUGUCGCAAGGAGCUCUCCUGCGGGCGGCAUAAGUGCAUCAAGAUCUGUCACGAAGGCCCAUGUCUGCAGCCAGGUGAAGUCUGCAAGCAGCACUGCCCCAAUCCACGUGUAAUGUGUCCCCAUGCUUGUCGAGCACCCUGCCACGAUGGUGACUGUCCGGAGACACUUUGCAAGGAAUCCGUGGAGGUUUCCUGCCCAUGUGGGAAUCGCAAACAAUCACGGAUGUGUCACGAUUUUGCCAGUGAAUACCGUCGAAUUGCCACGUCGCAACUCGCAACGUCCAUGCAGGAGGUACAGCGGGGUAAUUCCAUUGAGUUGCGCGACAUCUUGGGGCCCAUAAAGAUCAAUGGGGCAAAGACAAAGGUGCUGGAGUGCAAUGAUGAGUGCCGCACAAUGGAGCGCAACCGUCGCCUGGCUAUUGGGCUACAAAUUCGCAAUCCAGACCUACCGUCGAAGCUGCAGCCCAAAUAUUCGGACUUUCUGCGUGGAUGGGCGAAGAAGGAUGGAGCUUUUGUGCGGAAUAUUCAUGAAAAACUCACGGAUCUCGUGAAGCUCGCCAAGGAGAGUAAGCAAAAAUCCCGGAGUCAUUCAUUCCCAACGAUGAAUCGUGAAAAACGGCAGGUGGUACAUGAGAUGUGUGAGAUGUUUGGCGUGGAAUCCGUGGCUUAUGAUGCAGAACCGAAUCGGAAUGUUGUGGCAACGGCUUUCAGGGAGACGUCCUGGCUCCCUGGAAUGAGUGUCCUGGAAGUGCUGGAACGUGAAAAUGGCCAACGACGUGUACCAUUGCCAAAUGUUUGGGGCACAAAGAGGACGUAGAUGUGAGACCUUAAAUAAAUCGGAUGGAUCCCUGAUGACGACGAAUUGCAUAAUUUUUUUUGGAAGCAACACACGGCAAAAUUAUUCUUUUGUUCACAAUUUAAAGAAAUUCUCCCUUCAUUGAACUUUUUUUUUGUUUUACAUUUUUUUCUUUUGCUUUAAACUCUCUUUCAAUUAAAUCAAAAAUUCAAUUUUAUUGCAGAAUGAGGGAAAUAUGAAAUAGAUUGAUAAAAAAAAAACAAUAAAGUUAUCGACAUUUUCCUCAGAUAGAAAA